AGAGACGAAGAGAGGAGAGAGACUGGGCUAAGUGGACAGACCUCACGAGGAGCUCGCGUGAACCUCAACAUCCUCUCUCCACGGCUCGACUCGGUCCAGCCUCGCAGCAGCUCCUCCACGAACACGGUGAUCCUGUGCAGCAUGUGCACCACAUGGAAAUGUGUGAGAAAAGAAGGCAAAAUAAAGACACACUCUGGAGGGAGGAAAGUGGAAAGUAAAGAAGACACAUCACUAAAGCACCAUAAAAGCCUGCAUGUAAUCGUUCGUUCCACGAGACAAAGCGCUCUCUGAACGCUCAUGAUGGCAGCGCGCGUUGUGCUCCUUGUUCUUUUCUUCUGUCAAGUGGAAAGAAGUGGCAUUUCAGACGCUGCUGGCCUUUCAGAGCAAAGCGAGGACUUGCAAGUGAUAUCAAGCAAACGGCAACAAGUCCUAAUUCAGCCAGAGCCCAGGGACGUCUUGUUUCUGAGAAUCAAAGAACUGGGAGGCCGAGGUCAGAAGGCACAGGGUGAUGUAAUAACCCCAACAAAUGCCAGAAACCCCGAGGAUUUAGAUUUGGACUAUCCGAACAAGCAAACAAACAUUUUUAGCCGUCCAGAGCUCCACUCUGAAGUGACUUUAAACAGUCAGAAAAACAACAAUCUGACUAAUAGGGAGGAUGAGGGGGGAAUUAAUCGGCGCAGUCCGGUUCCGAGGUCAGAGAAGGUAUUCUCUGUCCAGCCUGAGCUCGAAGUGGACGACAGUGUUCCAUCUAAGUGGCUCGCAGAGUUUGGCUCAGGGCUACAGGCAGAACCUCACCCCCGCCACCGCAGGAGCUGGCUCUGGAACCAGUUCUUUGUGAUCGAGGAGUACAAAGGGCCUGAACCUGUGCUCAUUGGACGGCUGCACACGGAUAUGGACAGAGGUGAUGGACGCACCAAGUACGUGCUGGAGGGGGAGGGGGUCGGCUCCGUGUUUGUCAUCGACAGCAACACGGGAAACAUCCAUGUCACCAAGUCUCUGGACCGAGAGGAGAAGGACCAGUAUUGUCUUGUUGCAACAGCUUUGGACCGUGAGACGGGCCAAGCCCUGGAGCCAUCCUCAGAGUUCAUCAUCAGAGUGCAGGACAUCAAUGACAACCCACCUGUCUUCCCCAAUGAGCCUUACGUUGCCAUGGUGCCGGAGAUGGCCAACAUAGGCACGUCUGUAGUCCAAGUCACAGCUGUAGAUGCUGAUGAUCCAACAUAUGGAAACAGCGCCCGGCUGGUGUACGGGAUUUUACACGGCCAGGACUUCUUUUCUGUGGACCCUCAAACAGGCAUCCUUCGAACAGCAGUACCUAACAUGGACAGGGAGACGCAGGACGAGUAUCUGGUCGUUCUCCAGGCAAAAGACAUGGGUGGACAUCUGGGCGGGUUAUCUGGCACCACAACCGUCACCGUGAAGCUGAGCGACGUGAACGACAACCCCCCUCACUUCAGGAGGAGUGCGUGGUCGUUCUCUGUGUCGGAGCUAGCAGCUCCAGGUGUGGAAGUGGGCCGUCUCACUGCCACAGACCCUGAUCUGGGAGAAAAUGCCCUGCUGGAGUUUACCAUCCUGGACACGGAGGAGGCGGACAUUUUCAAUGUAACCAGAAGAGGCAAAGAGGCCGUUAUCAUCCUGAACAAGAUACUGGAUUAUGAAACCCGCAACUCGUAUACUUUUUCUGUGGAAGUUGUGAAUCCCAUCGUGGAUCCCAGAUACAUUAGGAAAGGACCCUUUAAGGACCAGACAACGGUCCGAGUCAUGAUCCUCAAUGCUGAUGAGCCGCCACUGUUCUCACAAGCGUUUUACCACCUGGAUGUGUCUGAGAACUGCCCUCCUAUCUGCUCUGUGGGCCGGGUCCACGCUGUGGAUCCAGACACGGGACAAAGCAGCAACAUCAGAUACUCCAUCGAUCCCCAGUCAGACCCCGAGGCUUUGUUCCGUAUCUCCUCCGACACGGGUUUUAUUAGCGCUGUGAUGGAGUUGGACCGUGAGCAGGAGCAAUGGCAUAACAUUACCGUCAUUGCCACACAGAGGGACAACCCAAAUCUUGUGUCGAGGACCUUGGUUGGCAUAGAGACCAUUGACCAGAAUGAUAAUGCUCCGGAGUUGGACAGACAAUACACAACAUCAGUAUGUGACUCCAGUGCCCCCGGUCAGGUGGUUCAGGUUCUACGCGCCAUCGACAGGGAUGAAGGAGGACAGGAUGCCACGGUCCACUUCAGCAUCGCCCCUGAGUCCAGCUCCAACCUGAACCUCACCAUCAGGGAAACUGGAGGUGUGACAGCCAGCCUGGUGCUCCAGUCCGCCUUGGAGCCCCUCCCUGGCUUCUCCUCGUCUCUGCUCACCAUCUAUGUGCCCGUGGUGUUGCGUGACGGAGCCUCGGGUCUGACCAACACUGGCACGGUCACCGUGACCAUUUGUCCGUGUCUGCAGGGAGGCAUGCAGACGGAGGACAGGGGCCGGCAGAGAGACCCGAGGUGGGAGAGACACGUGGUGUGUCUGCCGGCGCCGUCCGCCUCCCCGUCUCUCAUCUUCAGCUUGGUCACGUUGCUGGCCAUGCUGGCCUGUGUCUCCACUAUGCUGGUGGUGUGUGCGCUGUCGCUGUCGCUGCGCCAUCAGAAACGAGACUCCCACUCACCCUUUGAGGAGGAUGAUGUCAGGGAAAACAUCAUAUCCUACGAUGAUGAGGGGGGAGGGGAAGCAGACACGGCAGCAUUUGACAUUACAGCUUUGCAGAGCAUGCACAGAAUACAGCACCUCCACAACAAUGGAAACAUAUGGUACACCCAACAGAAUCAGCCUCGAGCCAGGACGUACAGCUGGAACCGUCACCCGUGCCCCAGGCUGGGCCCUCAGCAGCGGCCGGGCUCGGCGCCGCUUUACGGACGCCUCUGUUACGGCUUCCAGACGCUGCCUGUUCUCAGAGAUUAUCCAGCCGGCCCACUGGAGGUGGGCCUUCAGCUAACUCAGCUGACCCAGGGGCUCGCGGGGAGUCACACCAGCAAUUCCCUCCUCAUCCCGAACCAGAGCACCUUUGAGCCGCUGCCGCGCUCUCCUGAGAGCAGCCUCGCUGCUUUCAGAGCUGACCAGACGCUGGCAAAGAGCACAAUCGCAGAGCAAAAUGAAAGCAGUGAAGCAAACACGGCUGACGCAAAAGGGAAUGAGGAGCGGGCCAAGGCUGAAGCGGAGUCGACAGCAGCCAACAUGGCUGCAGAUCUGACCUAUGAGUCUUCCUGCCAGAGUCACACCAGCUUCUCAUCAAACCCAGCAGAGGGUCGGCCGGGGUCAUCCCAGACUCAGACCAGCACGGGGACCACCAGCUGCAUGGUGGAUGACACUGACACUGAUUCCUCCAUCCCCUCCAUUUCAGAGCAGAACUACUCAAAUGGCAGCCAGGCGGGCUGGGUGAACUCUGCUGCCUACAGGAAGUUAGACACGUACAGCAUCGUGGGCUCGCUGAACACGGCCGGGAUGGGGGCGUGUUUGAACGGGACCGGUGGCAGCGGGCUGUACUCAGCCGGCGCGCAGCUACUGAACGCAGGCGGCCUCCAGAGGGAAGACCCGACCUUGACCUUACCUGGGGGUGCGUUUGGCAACAACAACGCUUCCGGGUUGAAGCCCAGAACAACAGAAGCCUCGAACCCCCAACCGCUCCGAAUGGAGGAGCUCCUUAACAUACGACUGGACCGGGUCACCUCCGACCUCUCGCAGCCGCCCUACGACUCGCUGCAGACUUACCAGUUCGAGGGCUGCGACUCCAGGGCCGAGUCGCUGAGCUCGCUGGAGAGCGACGGGGAGAAGGGAGACGAGAGGCCGCCGCAGGCGUCAGGGGGCGGGAUGGAGGAGCUAAACCAGAAGUUUCAGCGGCUGGUGGAGAUCAUCCGAGACAGGCAGAAGGAGAAGGAAACAUGUGCUGCRGAGGAGUGUCUCACCGAGCCUCAUAAACAAAAAGACAACAAAGAAAAGCAAGAGCACAGAUGGGACUUCUAGACUGCAACAAAAGGCAGCUCUGACAGAGGAGCAGCGUCUUUGAUUUUGAUGGAUUUUCAAUACAAGAAUGGUAAAAAGAAGUGUCUCUGACAGGAAUCUCCUUGUGUCUCCUGCUGCGGAACAAUCAGUGUACAGUUUUCACUUCCACUCUGGCAACAAAAAAAUAAAAAAUAAAAAAAAAACUAAAAAAAAUGCACACAGAAACUGUCACUUUUCACACUCCAGCUCCUGUAACUCAUAUUAAUAAUGCACUUGCAAGGAUAGGCUUGUGAAAAAAAUCACUGUGUGUGUGUUUUAGUUUUAUCAAAUAUUCACUUUGAAUCAUUAAACCAACAUAAAAAGCUCCAUCAAAUAACGACUAAAACUGUGAUACUAUUGAUAUUUCCAGCCGAGAGGAAAAACCUGUAGAAUCUGAAUGUGUUCGUGUCCGCAGUUGAGAAGUGUUCAGAAUAAUUAUAUGUGGCUCAAAACAAAGCCCCUCUGAUUGAGUCAAGCUGCAGUUCACCUGGCUCCCCUUCACAGGCCUAUUAGCAAAAUAUCCCAUCAACAACUUCCUAACUGUUUGUGGCUGUAGCUCAACACAUCAUCUGAGCAUUAAAAGAUCAAGUCAGAGGGUUUUUGUUUAAAACUUUGGCAUUGAUUGUUGGUGUUAAUCCCUCUUGUCUGUUAGCAAAAUAUCUUGUACAACAAUGGUUAAAAUUUAAUAAAAUUCUCGAAAAAUUA